AUGAAACUGAAUUCAGGAAUAACAGGAGAUGAGACAAUUGUCAACUGGACUAAUUAUGUUAGAGAAGUAACUCAUUAUGUUAUCACAUCUAAACAAAUAGGGUAUAUAAUUCAAAUUAAUGAAUUAUUAUUUGAUAGUCAUCAAAAGAAUAACGUUGAAAGAGUUCUAUUUAAAAUUUUUUAA